AUGAUUGAAUUAGCAAAAUAUCUAAUACUUGCUUCUAUUAUACUAAUAUAUAAUUAUUUAAUUGAUAAACUCACAAAACAUCACAAUAAUCCUAAUUAUUCUCAUGAAAUAAUCAUUGCAAGCAAAGAUUUUAUCAAUGGCAUUAAAGCAACUAUUCUUCAAAUCUAUAAAAAUAAUUAUGAAUCAUCUUCCUAUGAAGCUACCAAUUAUGAUCAAGAUAAUAUAGAUAAUGAUAAUGAUUUGCUUUUAGAUUAUAUUUAUAAAAAAAAACAAAAAAUUAAUCAACAAAAUGAAGUUGAGUUAUAUCUAGAAGCUUCUUGGGCAAUGAGAAAACAAGAUAUUCUUCAAUAUAUCCCAGUAGAGCGAAUAUUUUCUGAAAGAACUGAUUUAAUUUCUGUUAAGAGAUGUGGUCUUAGUGCAGACUCUAUUCGUGCAU